CGCGCCUUUCCUCCUGACGCCGAGCACAAGGCGAAAGAAAGAAGGAAGCCGCUCCUCUGGACGGCUCCGGCUCCACCUCCCACUCUCAGUCUGCAGCUGAAGCUCCCCAAAGCCACGCCAAGAGAAAAAGGAGCCUCUGAUGCCUGCUCUGCCUCCCUUUCGCUCGCGGAUCCUAGACACGGGGGGAAAGGAGGAUCCCGCUCCCUGGCGCAGAGAGCCGCCUUUCCCAGAAAGCAGCGUGGCUCAGGCGUCCUUGGCUGGACGGGGCGGGCCUGUGGAGGCCUUGGGCCGAGCGCCCCCUGAUGGAGAACGCCUCCCAGGACAGCAAGGGAGCCUGGCACCAGCUGCCCCUGCCCAAUGGGACUGGCAGUGGCCCUAGCAGCAUUGGCAGCUUCAAGGUGCUCUCUGGCUCGCUGGUAGUGCUGCUGGUGCUGAGCACCUUGGCCGGCAACAGCCUGGUCUGCCUGGCCGUGAUCCGCUUCCGCCACCUCCGGGCCAAGGUCACCAAUUGGUUUGUGCUCUCGCUGGCCGUCUCCGACCUCUGCGUGGCCCUCCUCGUCAUGCCCUGGAAGGCUGUCACCGAAGUGUCUGGGGGCGCCUGGCUCUUUGGCAGCAGCUUCUGCGACAUCUGGGUGGCCUUCGACAUCAUGUGCUGCACGGCCUCCAUCUUCCACCUCUGCAUCAUCAGCCUGGACCGGUACUGGGCCAUCGCCAGCCCCUUCCGCUACGAGCGGCGCAUGACCCCGGGCCUGGCGUCCGCCAUGAUCGCUCUGGCAUGGAUUCUCUCCAUCCUCAUCUCCUUCAUCCCCGUCCAGCUCCACUGGCACAAAGCUGAGGAAGCCAGGAGCCCCGAUCGCUCGCUGUCACCACAACGCUGCGACGCCAGGCUCAACCGCACAUAUGCCAUUGCCUCCUCCUUGAUCAGCUUCUACAUCCCGGUGACAAUUAUGAUCGGGACCUACACGCAGAUCUACCGCAUCGCUCAGGCUCAGAUCCGCCGCAUCUCUUCUCUGGAAAGGGCAGGAGGGCUUGGUCCAACCCAAGGGAAAGAGCCGGCCUCCUCUCUGCGGAGUUCGCUUUGCAAGGAGACCAAAGUGCUCCAGACCUUAUCUAUCAUCGUUGGGGUCUUUGUUUGCUGCUGGCUGCCAUUCUUUCUCCUCAACUGCCUUCUGCCCUUCUGCGAGUCGAGGCCGGACAUCAGUGGACCUCCAAGGCAGGACCCCUGCAUCAGCCAAACUGUCUUCAAUGUUUUCAUGUGGCUUGGCUGGGCCAAUUCCUCUGUCAACCCUGUCAUCUAUGCUUUCAAUGCAGACUUCAGACGGGCCUUUGCGAGCCUCCUGGGCUGCCGUGGCCGUAGCCUUCCUUGCCGGACUGCCAACAGCUCCACUGUCGAGAGAGUCAACUUAAGCAAUGAGCUGGCAUCCUAUCACCAUAACUCUUCUUGUCACAGGGGAGGGAGCAUCUCAGCUCCGUUCAUUCCACCUGCCAUCGGUGCGUGGAGUCACUCACUACCCCACACAGUGGAUUUCCAAGGAGAAGACGACAGCUGUGGGAGACCCCUCUUAGAGAAAGAGAGGCCACCAUCUUGUCCAGCCACUCAUACCAGUGAGUCUAGAAAUCUUGAUCGGCCAGCUUUGCUCCCCUUUGAAUGUGAGACGGAGAUAUCAUUGGAUACUCUGACUCCCUUUACAGAGAUGGCUGGGCAUUAGAAUCUCUACAGCACAGUACAGAACAUAUGGAUGGAUAGGGCCACCUAACAACACUGACUGAAUAUAGCUACAGAGCUACAUUACACAAAAAGUCAUGUUUAGUCUGGCCAAAGGCAUGUUUUGUCCGGUGUCUUAUUUCCCACCGUGGCCAGCAACUUGACUCUUGGAAACCCUUAAGGGAGUCAGGUGAAGAUUAGCGUUUUCUCGCUGUUUUCCCUCUUUGAUAGGAAUCCAGGAGCAUGCUGCCUCUGAAGCUGGAGGUAGCUUACAGCCAUUACAAUCAUACUUCGUGAAUUGAAGCCAUCGUAAGUCAUUUUUCAUUUAUCAAGGUGCUUGGUUCUUAGUGAGGUGAGAAACUUGGGGGUGGGGUUCAUAUGAUUCCAAAUACACACACACUUCUUCUAAGGAAAUUAUUUUGGAGAUUCGGGUUCUUGUCCCCACUCAAAAUUCACUGGAUGACAAUUUGACUAGUCACUCUGUCUCAGCCUGGCCCAGUUCACAAGGAAGUUGUGAAGAAAAAGUGCAGAAGAGGAUAAAAUGGGGGAGAAGCAGAGCAUUGAAGUCAUUGAGAUAAAGGUGGAAUAAAAAUGCAAAAUAUGUGUGCAUACACACACACACACACACAUGAAAUUGUGUAAGUCUUACCUUACAGUCUAAAAAAGUGCAUUUCAAGAUGGUAGUCCAUGGAUCAAUGCAUGACCGAAAUCUGUUGACUACCAGUUCUUGGGAAGUUUCCAGGAAACAAAACACCAGCAAGAGAUACUAAGGACAAAUAUAAGAAUUAGUCCCUGGCAUAUUAGGAAAAAAAAAAGACUGCUGGUACCUCCACUAUCAGCAUCAGCCUGCCACCAGAUAGACUGAGUAGCACUGGACUCAAUAAAGUACAGAUUCAGAUUUAUCAGUCUGUCUCUUGCACAAAGCCAUCCAGUUCUGCAGAAAGGAGUCUCUAUUGAAAUAACGUCCACUUGAAUGUUUAAGGUGAUAUUUUGCUUUUUUGCAUACUUGUGUUGAAUUAAUACACACCCUAUUUUGAAUUGUUCUGAUUCUGCCUAAAGUUCAAAGAAUAUUUUGAACUACAGUACAUUUUCUUGUGUAUUUAUUGAUUUGGUAUCAAAAUAAACAUUGCACUGAUUAUACAGCAUAGAUUUUACUUGGAAAGUAAGGCAAAUUCAUAUAUUUUAUUCCUGUGCUUUUAGUUGGCAUGUCUUUAUGCUGAACAUAUGGAAUUUUAUUUUUUACCUUGCUGCCUCAAACUUUCAGAGGUAUGCAGUUAUUAAGACGAAACCUUCCUUAAUGUUGAGGUUUCUGUUAAAUGAACUCAUAUAAAAUUAUGGAAGAUCAGUUUAUGUGUGCAAUCAUGUUUUCUCUCUAUGUGUUUUUAAUGUAUAAACUCUGCUUCCAAAGAUCCUCAUUAAAAUAGCUUUCUGUAAUAUAAAAUACAUCGCAUAGGCAUUGUUAUCGGGAAACUGUCUUGACCUAAGAAAGCUUGAGGUGCACAUUGAAAACAUUACGUAAGAAUUGUCGCCAAAAUAUUAACUUGUGUACGUUGUGAUUUGCUUAAAUACCCUCAACACAUCAAAUCUCAUCUAAUCUUGGAAGCCCUGAUUAGUACUUGAAUGGCAGACUGUCAACAACCAGGCUCUGUAGGCUAUAUUUUAGAGGAAAUUACUGACAAAACCACCUCUGAAUAUGUCUUGCUUAAGAAAAACCUUCAAAAUGUGUUGGGUCUCCAUCAAUUAACAAGCAUCUUGAAGAUGCAUAUACAUUAUUAUUUUGUUGGUUUUAAGACAUGUGAAGUCAACGAAGCUAGAAUUCAAAUCUCAGUGUAUAUAAGCACCUUCACUUCUUUUGGCACUACUCAGUUUCCUGUAAAAUAAAACCUUUUAGGAAAUGUUUUAAAAGAAAGUAAAAUUCCAUUAGGAAAAUAAUAGCUUGGCUGCUAAAGAGAGAAUCUUGAAAAGCUCAACAUAAUUUUGCCAGUGUUAGACCUUUUUGGUUUGAAACCAGUAUUAUCUGUACUCCAAUUUUAGUGAGCUAUUUAUUUCUUCCUCAGUGACAAAAUUUCUGUGUUAUACAUCAUUUAUAUACAAUGGGUCCUUGAUAUCUGCAGGGGUUUGAUUCCAGGACUUCAUUUUUUGUGAGUUUUUAUUGGAAGGGAAGUAUGUUCAAGCUGUGGAUGGUGGAGUCUCUGGAUGCCUAAUCUGUGGGUAUAAAGGACCAAUUGUGCAGGGUGUUUGAAAAAGAACUCCCUAGUUUUAAGUAUAAACACAUUAAAACUAGGGAGUUAUUUUUCAAACACCCUGUAUAAUCUGCUCAGGGACAUUAAUUCCACCGUUUUUUACAUUUAUUCUUGGACAGGUAUUAGCACUUGGCUUUCUUCAGAAGCUGCUGGGGCCCAACCCCUUUCUCUAUGAUUUUAUUUGGUCAUCUGGCUAAAAGUGUUGCCAGAGCUGUUUGCCAUCAUGCAACCUCAUCAGACGGGGCUGAUUUCGACGGUAUACACUAGUUCCUCUCUGAUUUAUUCAUGAGAGGCUUCCCAUGUUGCAUAGAGAUCAACGGAGAAGGGGGCAGCAGAUGCUUCCCUCUGUGGGAUACGGCCUGGAGUAAGUCGGGUAAUGCGGGGUGUGGGAAAAUGGGUUUUCCACAUCCCCGCUGAGCACCGCCAGAUUUGCUAUGAUCCAUUGUGAUUCCAGCAGCACAUAUGAUGAGGUCCCUUAUUUCCCUACAGGCCCCUCGGAGGUGCAGUUUAGUAUUCCCAUACCUGGCCAUUACUAUCUGGUAAGUUUAUACCCAGAAGAAGGUGUUAAGAAGGAGUAUCUGGCUUGGGAUGGAAACCCUUAUCUGAUCUAGAUCAGAUAUCUGCAACAGGUAUACACAUUUGGGUUUUGUGUGGUUUCCGGGCUGUAUGGCCAUGUUCUGGCAGCAUUUUCUCCUGAUGUUUAGCCUACUGAAAAUGCCAGCCACAGAUGCAGGUGAAACAUCAGAAGAAAAUGCUGCCAGAACAUUGCCAUACAGCUCGGAAACCACACAACACCCCAGUGAUUCUGGCCAUGAAAAUCUUUGGUAUACACAUUGAUUCAGAAUGUAAUGCAGUGUAAUGGAAAUGACAGGAGAUACUCCAGGUCUUAUUAAGGGGGAGCUAUAUGCACAGAUGUCUAUUAUAUACAGCAAAACGGAAAAAAGGAAAAGUAUGGUAUAUACUAUAAUAUAAAGUAAGUUAUAGUUCUAUACUUUCUCAAGUGAUACAGUCACUUAUAUAUUAUGAUUGUGGUAUCAGUUUAUAUAUUCCAGCUCAUUAAGGGGGAGGCAGAGGAAGGAAAGAGCAUCUGUGGCUACUCAUAGCCAGAAAAGAUCAGAGCCUUCUACUUUUUCAAACCAAGGACUUUAUCAUACCUGUCUCAUCAACAUCACAUUGUUUAAGCAAAUGGAAACAUUUCAUUAUUGGAAUGAUCUCUUUCACUCCUCGUUGCAGCUGCGUGAUACUGGCACUUUGUUGAUGUCAAUUCCUGCAAUCACUUUUCUGCACAGCCAACCUUAGUUUGCUCUUCUUAUAAGUGCAUACUGUUUAUUUUCAAUCGUUCUUUAUAUCUUUUUUUUUUUACUUUGACACAUCUGCAUAGUUGCACAGUUUUGGUAUUUUUGUGAGAUCUUCUGCCACUUUGCAAUGUUGAGACUGCAGCAGAAGGAAAAUAUUGUGCAAGGAAGAGUAGAAUUAUAGAAUCAUAGAAUCAUAGACCACAUGAGUCAUUUAGUCCAAACCCCUGCCAUGCAGGAAAAGUACCUCUGACAGAUGGCCAUCCAACCUCUGUUUAAAAGCUUUCAAGAAUGGAGUUUCUACCACACUCCGGGGGCAGAGAGUUCCACUAUUGAACAGCUCAUACGGUCAGGAAGUUCUACCUAAUGUUCAGGUCGAAUCUCCUUUCCUGUAAUUUGAACCCACUGCUCUGAGUCCUAGUUUCCAGGACAGCAGAAAAUAAGCCUUCUACCUCUUCCUUAAGACGUUCUUUCACAUAUUUAUACAUGGCUAUCAUGCCUCCUCUCAACUUUCUCUUGUGCAGGCUAAACAUGCCCAGUUCUUUAAGAUGCUCCUUAUAGGGCAUGGUCUCCAGAUCUUUAAUCAUUUUAGUCGCUCUCCUUUGGACACCUUCCAGCUUGUCAAUAUCUCUUUUGAACUGUGGUGCCCUGAACUGGACAUGGUAUUCCAGGUAAGGUCUAACCAAGCAAAAUAGAGAGGCACCAUGACUUCCCUCAAUCUAGAUACUAUACUCCUUUUGAUGCAGCUCAAAAUCCCAUUGGUUAUUUAGCUGGUGCAUCACACUGUUGGUUCAUGUUCAACUUGUCCACAAAGACUCCAAGAUCUUUCUCACAUGGACUAUUGUCAACCCAGGCAUCAUCCAUCCUGUAUUUUUGCAUUUCAUUACUGUAGUGUCUUACAUUUGUCCUUAUUGAAAAUUCAUUUUGUUAUUUUUGGCCCAGCUCUCUAAUCUGCUAAGGUAGUUUUGAAUUCUGAUCCUGUUCUCUGGAGUAUUAGCUAACCCUCCUAAUUUGGUGUCAUCUGCAGACUUGAUAAGCACACCCUCUAAACGUUCAUCCAAGUCAUUGAACAGUACUGGGCCCAGGCUCGAACCCUGUGACACUCCACUAGUAGCGGAACAACGGCAAUAUUUGGUAUGUUUCCCUACCAAUGAAAAGAGAUAAUCCAAUGUAUAAUUUCACGUAUCACUAUUUACAAUAAAAAAAUGUUAAAAAAGAAAGAGAUAAUCCAAUCACAUGAAAUUGUGUAAGUCUUACCUUACAGUCUAAAAAAGUGCAUUUCAAGAUGGUAGUCCAUGGAUCAAUGCAUGACCGAAAUCUGUUGACUACCAGUUCUUGGGAAGUUUCCAGGAAACAAAACACCAGCAAGAGAUACUAAGGACAAAUAUAAGAAUUAGUCCCUGGCAUAUUAGGAAAAAAAAAAGACUGCUGGUACCUCCACUAUCAGCAUCAGCCUGCCACCAGAUAGACUGAGUAGCACUGGACUCAAUAAAGUACAGAUUCAGAUUUAUCAGUCUGUCUCUUGCACAAAGCCAUCCAGUUCUGCAGAAAGGAGUCUCUAUUGAAAUAACGUCCACUUGAAUGUUUAAGGUGAUAUUUUGCUUUUUUGCAUACUUGUGUUGAAUUAAUACACACCCUAUUUUGAAUUGUUCUGAUUCUGCCUAAAGUUCAAAGAAUAUUUUGAACUACAGUACAUUUUCUUGUGUAUUUAUUGAUUUGGUAUCAAAAUAAACAUUGCACUGAUUAUACAGCAUAGAUUUUACUUGGAAAGUAAGGCAAAUUCAUAUAUUUUAUUCCUGUGCUUUUAGUUGGCAUGUCUUUAUGCUGAACAUAUGGAAUUUUAUUUUUUACCUUGCUGCCUCAAACUUUCAGAGGUAUGCAGUUAUUAAGACGAAACCUUCCUUAAUGUUGAGGUUUCUGUUAAAUGAACUCAUAUAAAAUUAUGGAAGAUCA